AUGGACCGCCGCGUCGAGGCGAGCCACCGUGGCCAGAGCUCCUACCGCGGACGCGGCUGGCGAGGACGCGGACGCGGCGGCGGCCGGCCCUCCCCAUCACCACCUUCCUCCACCGCCUCCCCUGCGGCGCUCAACCCCACCCCAACCCCGGCCGUUCCUGUCGACGACGCAGCGCCGAUCAUGGGCACCUGCCCUGACAUGUGCCCAGCGAGGGAACGAGCGCAGAGAGAGCGGCUGAGGGACCUGGCCGUGCUUGAGCGGGUGGGCGGCGACCCCACGCGCACGUCUCCUUCCCUCGCCGUCAAGAAGUUUUGCAGAACUAUAUCUUCCACUAAUGUACUGCCGUCAGAUAUACGUCCACUGCCGGUUUUACAAGAAACAAUGGAUUAUCUUUUGCAUUUACUGGAUUCUUCAGAGCAUCCAUUUGAGACAAUACAUGAUUUCAUCUUUGAUAGGACAAGAUCUAUAAGACAAGACUUAAGUAUGCAGAAUAUAGUGAAUGAUCAAGCAGUUCAAAUAUAUGAGGAUGUGGUAACAUUUCAUAUCAGGUCCCAUCAAAGACUUUCCACGUCUUGCCAGGUUUCAGAUGCAUCUUCCCUGUGUUACCUAAACAUGGAGCAGCUAACAAAAUGCCUGCUUUCUCUGUAUGAUAUGUAUCAUGUACUUCAUAAGCGUGAUUCACACAGCAAAAAGGAGGCCGAGUAUUAUUCCUUCUAUGUGCUUCUACAUUUGGGCUGCAAAAUACACAAAAUGAUAGAUUCACUCUCUUUGUGGUAUGGUCAAUUGGCUAGUCCAGUCAGACGGUCGAAGGAAAUGAUAUUUGCUAGAACUUUGUUAAGAUGCUAUCGCCUAGGAAACUUCAAGCGUUUCUUUUGCAUGGUAGCAGCUGAAGCCACCGAUCGUCAGUUGCGCCUUGUAGAACCUUUUCUCAAUGAGGUCCGAGCUAGGGCCUUGAUGUACUUCAACCAUAGUGGCUACAAACUCCAACACCACCCUUUGGAACAUGUAUCAGGAAUCCUGAUGAUCGAGGAAUCGGAACUGGAAUCUCUUUGUGGAAUAUGCGGACUUGAAAUCAGCAAGAGCGAAGGUAUGAAAGCUUUUGUGCCUAAACAAACAAGCUUCACCCUACCGACAUUCAUGCCCCAAAGUAAUGGCAUUUACAUCUCAAGGGAGGUUGAAAGAUGA